AUGCCAGUGACCUUUGCCCUCUUGCUCCUCCUGAGCCAGGCCAGCGCAGACCCAUGCUACCAUCCAGGGGGCCGCCCCCGCUUCUGCCUGCCACCAGUGACCCAGCUGGCCGGCGUGGCUGCCUCCUGUCCCCAGGCCUGCAUCCCUUCCCCGGGGACGGACCUCGGCCCCCGGGCCACCUGCAAUGGCAGUCUGACCCUGGCUUUGGGUGGCCCCUUCCUCCUGACGUCCGUCAGCCUGCGCUUCUGCACCCCGGGACCCCCGGCCCUGCUCCUGUCUGCCGCCUGGGCCACCGGAGGGCCCUGGAGAUCACUGUGGCGCAGACCCGCCUGGCCGGGAGCCUUGGGAGGCCCCGAGACGGUGACCUUCCGAGCCCCACUGGGCCCUAAGGCCAGGGUGGUGGCCAGUCACCUCCGUGUGGAGCUCGGGGGCCAGGCAGGGCUGGCAGCAGCAGGAGUGAGAGGCCGCUGCCAGUGCCACGGCCACGCAGCCCGCUGCGCUGCCCGUGACCGGCCGCCCCGCUGCCGCUGCCGCCACCACACCACCGGCCCAGGGUGUGAGAGCUGCCGCCCGUCCCACCGCGACUGGCCCUGGCGGCCUGCCACGCCCCGGCACCCUCACCCUUGCCUGCCCUGUUCCUGCAACCAGCACGCGCGACGCUGUAGGUUCAACUCUGAGCUGUUCAGGCUGUCGGGCGGCCGGAGUGGGGGUGUUUGUGAGCGGUGCCGCCACCAUACGGCCGGGCGGCACUGCCACUACUGCCAGCCGGGGUUCUGGAGGGACCCGAGCCAGCCUAUCAACAGCCGCACGGCCUGCAGGGCCUGCCAGUGCCAUCCUAUCGGGGCGACAGGUGGUACCUGCAACCAGACCAGUGGGCAGUGCUCCUGCAAGUUAGGGGUCACUGGCCUGACAUGCAGCCGCUGUGGUCCCGGCUACCAGCAGAGCCGCUCCCCAAGGAUGCCCUGCCAGCGAAUUCCAGAGUCAACCACCACCCUUGCUACAACCCCUCAUGCUUACAGCUCGGACCCUCAGUGUCAAAACUACUGCAAUGUCUCGGACACCAGGGUACACAUGAGCCUUCGGAGGUACUGCCAGCAGGACUACGUGCUCCGCGCGCAGGUGCUGGCGUCCGAGGCGGCGGGCCCGGCGUGGCAGCGGCUGGCCGUGCGCGUCCUGGCUGUAUACAAGCAGCCGGCGCGGCCUGUGCGCCGCGGCAGCCAGGACGCCUGGGUGCCCCGCGCCGACCUGGCCUGUGGCUGCUUGCGCCUGCGGCCCGCCACCCACUACCUGCUGCUGGGCAGCGCGGCCGCCGGCCCCGACCCCGCGCGCCUAGUCCUCGACCGCCAUGGCCUCGCGCUGCCCUGGAGGCCGCGCUGGGCCCGGCCGCUGCGGCGGCUGCAGCAGGAGGAGCGCGCCGGGGGCUGCCACGGCCUGCGGCCUGCGGCCUUCGACCCCGAGCCCCGAACCCAGGAUCUAGAGCCGGAGCCGGGCGGCCUCGAACUCCAAGGAAGAAACUGGAAGAAACCGCGAGAGGAGUCUUCUACCUCGACGGUGCGUCCCCCAGCAAGCCAAUCAGACGCCACGGAGCCCCUGACGUCACUUGCAUGCGCCAGCACCGAGGAGGCAUGAGGGACUUUUAAAUAAAGGCGGCAAACCUCUUGGUCUCUGGCUAGGACACUCGACCUGUGACCUACGCAGCUAGUCCCCUCAAUAAAGUCUCAACUCUUGGGGAAA